GCCUUCUGCGUUGUGUACCCGCUCUAUCGUUGAAUUUGAGUUGCCAGGGUAGUUUGAGUGAGAAAGAACAAGAACCCUGCUCGACAAAGGUCGGGCGUUGUUCAAAUUUUCCAAAACACACUUCGUGAAUGAAUAGGAAACUGUGAAGUUUGUGUUGUUCCAGUAAACCCAGUGCCAAUUAACUAACACUUUGCCUUUGUGCAGUGAUUUUUACCAGUCGUUCCGCAAAAUCAGUCAAGCUGUGGGGCGCCGGCGCUUUUUUUCUUCCCCACCAGGGGAUGUACUAUCCGGUAAGUAGUAACCCCGAAGGACGAAAUGCAUACUACAUGAAUUAUAUGGAAGAAAUCAAUAAGCACAUGGUCCAGACCGGUAUGACGGGCCCAUUCCAACAGGCGCAACCGGCCACUCCAACAGGUUUCCCAACACAAAACGGCGAGGUCAAACAUGGGGCGGAGGAGAAAUCUGCAGUACCUGCGCUCCUACCGCCCCCAACGGGCGCACCCACGCCAGGAGCAGGUCCUCCUUUCAGUCCGCCACCCCCGCAACCCCCCUCAUCCGUGGAACCGCCGGUGAGCAUAGCAUGUAGUCCCGCGGCGUUAGCCGCGCAGACACAACCUCAAUUCAAAUGUGAACAGAUUCCGACGGAAACCGAAAAUGGCCAAUCAGUCCCACCUCCGACGUCAGAAUCCUCAGAUGGAACGAAUCAAUCGGCGGCGCAGGCAGCUACAGAUCUUUCGAAAAGUCAACCAAAAAGGUUACACGUUUCCAACAUUCCAUUCCGGUUUAGGGACCCAGAUCUUAGAGCAAUGUUCGGGCAGUUUGGCCCAAUUUUAGAUGUAGAAAUAAUUUUUAACGAACGGGGUUCGAAGGGUUUCGGUUUUGUAACAUUCGCAAAUAGUGCUGAUGCGGAGCGCGCACGAGACCGACUACAUGGCACCGUGGUUGAGGGAAGAAAAAUAGAGGUAAACAAUGCAACUGCUAGAGUACAAACCAAAAAACCUCCAGCUUUACCAACAGUCCCAGUGAUACAAUGGUCAGAUGCGACACUACGGGCAGGCGUCGCUGCAAUCCAGAGGGGCCGAGCUAGGGCAGCUUACCCCACAGCAGCAGCAGCGGCCGCAGCUGCUGCAGCAUUCGCAAGACAUCCUGCGCCGCUGACAGCUGGUGCGCUGCACGGGUACACUCCAGUCAUAAAUACGCUACCUAUGGACGGAAGCAUGUAUUAUGAUCCGUUCUUGACGGCUCAUGCUGCAGAUCAGAAUUAUUCGAGAUUACAGGCAGCCGCAGCGGCAGCCGCAGCGACACCUUUACUCAAAACACCUCUCUCGUCUGCCCAGCAGGCGAGCUAUGCAGCCGCGGCGACGUAUACGGCGGUGGCGGCGAGGUACGGGGCGGCGGCCGCCGCCCAACCCGUUGCGGGCUAUGCCGCGGUCGCGGGAUACGGCAGGGACUAUGCGGAUCCGUAUUUGGGCGCCGGAAUCGGACCGAUGGCUGGAUAUGGGGCCGCUGUAUAUCGUAGUGGUUACAACCGUUUCACGCCCUACUGAACAUAUCAGCAGCUCCAUAAGGCCUAAACAACCUAAAUACUCAAAAUAACAAACAAAAAACUACUGUUAAUUGUCUUGUGUACGUAGCACAAUGCAGCACAAACAAAAAAUUAUAAUUUUAAUGAAUUAAGGAAUAUAAGAGCCAAAGAGCUGACAACUCACUAACGUAAAAGCCCAUGUGAUAGCCCAAAAAAGCUAACCCAGCUCUCUAACGUUUAAGCAUUAGUUUUUAAACAAUCGAGAUUUCCAUUCACUUAUACUCCACAUUUAUAAUAUUAUUAUUAUUACGAUUAUUAUUAUUAAGCGGACCACUUGGUGCUUAAUUGGACCACAAGAUAUUGACCUUUCUUAUUGUAAUAGCUGAAUAAAAACUGAGGAUUGUACAUCGUCUUUGAUCUGUUUGUAAAUAUGACAAAACAAUCUAUUUGAUCUUUAACUGCCUUUUAUCCCGGUGUUUUAUUUGAUUCAAAUGAUAAUACUCAUUUAUAUUAUACUCGAAUAUCGCGACUUAUAUAUAAAGCUUCUUUGAAUUACUGUCGUCGAACCAGUUCCAUUCGAUUAUCUGAUAAAUCAUUGUCGGUAGAUUUUUAGGCGCUAAAUCGGAAUUUGGUCGUAAAAUUGCUGUAUCAUGUCAGGCUUUUCUGCAACAUAAAUAUCCUGCAAAGUCUUCGGUGGUCGCAGUUAAGAUAAUAUCACUUUCAGGCAAUUUUUUAAAUCCAAAAACCUUCAAUCUUAAUCUAUAUUUUUUUUUUGGACUAUUAAGUAAGAAUAUCUCAAAAUCCGGACGUGAUACAGCCAGUUUUGGGUGCAAAUUCUAUAAAAUCUACUAGGAAAUAAUCUACCAUAUUCACUGAAAAAUUGUCGACCAUUGUGAUCUAUUCAUGACUUGGUUUGUAUCACGGUUUGUCUACCAGACGUUAUCCCAGUUCGAUACCACUCGUAGUACUACGAAAAAAAAAAAAAAAGUUUCGCUGUAGGAUUAUCCCAACAGCGAUCUGUUCUUCUGUAAAGUUCACUUUUGUUGUCUUAAAUUUGGAUAACGUCUGUUUAAAAGCAACAGUUUCGUGAUAAACGAUGUAUUACACUGAAAGUUGCUUUCAGAGAAUUGCUCAAUUACAAUUGUUUUUUAGUUUUUCGUUAGAUGUAAGCUAGAAAAAGUAUAGACAAAUAAGGAAUAACGUUCUCAGUUUUUAUUUCAGCUAGUAUUGUUCAGUAAUCUCAAACUAGUUGAUUGAGGUGAUCUUUCGACAAAUCUAGAAUAUACUAUGUCACUUCUUUUGUAGCAAAUAGAAUAAUACAAAAUAGCGUACAACUCGUUAAUAUUAAAAUAGUAGUAUUAGUACUACUUUAUAUAACAUGACAAAUUCUUUAUAUUAUUAUAAAAAUGAUUAUGACAUUGAGGAAAUUAUUAGUUUCGGCUCCAACUUCAACUUUUAAUUUUUGCCUAUAAUUUAACAAGCAUCACAUACGAAAUGUUUAUUUUUAAAAAAAUCCACUUGUAGCAUGUCCGCUUUCUCACUUAACACUUAAAAUGUGAAUUAUUACAAGAAUUAUUUAAAGAAUUAAUAAAUCACACAGUAUCGAAAAGUUAUCUAUUAAAAACUAUUUUGAAGAGCAACAUUAAAAUUGUUGUCGCCCAAUUUUUUUUUAAUACAGAAGAACAUUUUUAGGCCAUAGAAAACAUGUUUUCAAAAUGUUUUGAUCAAAUUUCACAUUCAACUGUAUUCACGAUUUAUAUAAACUCAUAAGACGAAUAAUUUUUAACUGACUUCAAAGAAGAAGGAGGUUCUCAAUUGGUCAGAAUAUAUAUUUUUUAAUGUAUGAUUACCUAGCGGUAAUUCUUUACCACGUCCGUUUUCUAUGAUUAUUUUUUUGAAGAAAGGAUCAAGAUUAGGGGAGGGCAAAAUAAUCGAUUAGUCGACUAUUUUUUUUUAAAUCGAUAAUCACUUAUUUUUGAUUAAUCGAUUAUUUACGAUUAAUCUUGUUUAUUUUCGAUUAUUCCAUCAUUUUAGAAUAUUAGAUUAAUCGAUUAUUUCGUUUAAUCGAUUAUUUCGAUUGAUUAUUUUAAAUAAUUGAUAAUCGAUUAUUUAUUUGUUAAUUGCCCACUUCUGGUCAAGAUCUGAUGAUGCGAUCCACGAGAAAAUCAUCAAACUCUUGAAUUUGCAAAGGUAUUUGCACACAUUUGAAGUAGGUUUUUUAAAAUUAUUUUUUUUAGAUUAAUUACCAUCUAAUAUUAAUUUUGAUUAAUCAAUUGAACGAAAAAGGAACUAAGCUCUAAGUGGAUUAGUUAAAUGAACAUCAAAAAGACAUUUUAACAAAAAAAAAAUCUUAAAUAAGUAAAAAAAAAUUAACUAGAUUUUCAUAAUUUUGAUGCCAUACGAGUAUAUAUCUUAUUUUACAAUCUGUUUACGUUAAACAAUAUUUUUUUACAAAUCACAACAAAUCGUACUUUUUGUAAAUACACAAAAAUCGUUCAUCACAAAUAUUGAACUCUAAUAAUUCGUUUAGAUUCAAAAUAAUUCUAUAAUUUCCAGUAUAAUUGUAAUAAAAUAGUUACUGUAAUACUCAAUAAAGCGAACCCGAAUAGCGAAAAUACUAUUGAGUCACCGUCACACUAUGGACAUCGACGUCACCGUUUAAAACGGCUAAAUUUCACAUCAGUGGCGUGUACGAUUAGUUGUUGAUACGAUUAGUAAUCAAAAUCGGCCAGUUCACCAGCGCGGCGAUACUGACACUGUUCAAGAGCGAUGUUAACAAGGCGAUCGAUAACAGCAGACGAGUGCGCAUUGUGAUGUAAUGGUAUCUUCCCUGUUCGGGUUUCCUAUACUUAUUCGUUGCAAUAUUGCUUUAAAGCAAUACAUUUUGCCUGAGAACGGUUUUAAACUAGCUUAAUUGGAACAAUUGCAAAGCCAAAAUAACUAACCCCAAAAUAAGAGAACGCAUGAAUUAUAAAAGAAUAUUCGAGUUAUGUGUAUUAUGCUUUAUUUAUACCAUUGCAGUCACAUUGUAGUUAUAUUACUAAGCCUACAUAUUAAGCAAAGAAAAAACUACAGGUUGAUAUCUUAUAAUUGGAUUAUGUUUAUCCAAAAGGAACCAAGCGACAAAUUGGCAAAAAUGAGUUAAAAGCACCAAGUGACUGAGGAAGGUUUAAUUUACCUUGUAUAAAAAGAUCAAAUUACUGGCUCUACUCUAGUGCCAUCGUUUGGCCAAUGAACUAAACGAAACAUUAGGAAACAAAUUCCUAAUUUCAAUAACGGGAACCAUCCGCUAAAAAUAUCUUCAAACUCAUGUUCCUAGUUAGCUUAUUAAACUUGUAAAAUUGUGCCUAUGAUAAGAUAUUAACUAUCUGACAAUAGGUCACAAAGCUGGAGCUUUUAAACACAUUAUUUUAAUACAGCAUUAUCAUCUUUAACCUUUAAUAUCUCAAAACUCGAAAUUGCCGCUUGGUUCUUUUUAAAUAGGCAUAAUCCAAUUAUUACUUUAAUUGAGUUUAAUCAAUUCAGAUGGCUCAAUGCACACUGUAGUUUAUGUUUCUUUUUAUUUAGGCUUAGAAACAUAAAUUCUACCGUUAUUUUUUCUGAAGGAGACUUAUAUAGUUAAGACUUAAAUUUCUUUAAAAUAACUUGUUCUCUAGUUUGAAUAUUCUGCAUGUGGAGAUUAUACUGUAAUUUGUUUCUUUGCUGUAAAUUUUGUUAUAAACAAAUUAUACUGACCUGGAGAACACUUAAAUGUAAUUAAAGUCUAAUUAUGCCUAAAUAUUCACUGUAAAGUGUACACAGAAGUUUAACAGUAAAUAAGUAUAUUAUGUAUUAACAAGAGGUAGUUUUUUCUAUUCGCUGGUUCGUUAUGAUCUACCUCUUUUUGCGGUUUUCCCUCAUGAUUUUUGAUGUUUAAAAGUUCUCUGAUUCUAGUUUAAUGUUAAAAAUAAUGUGCUCGUCCCAAGAAUAUUAAUAGCGAUUCACAAUUAUUAAAAUAUUUACAUGAAUAAUGGAAAUUGUUAUUGGCAUCUAUAAAAUAAAUUUCUUCGCCAAUGUAACACGUUCACUUCGGUUGGCUCCGCGGCAAAACUGCGAAAUCUUGUGUAUCAAGUACGAGAACUGCAAAAGCACUGUUUAACUUGUCUACAUUCUAGUUUAUGUUUCUCUUUGGGCGUUGCAAAUAUUGUAUUUGAGAAUACUGUUAUAUUUUUAUAUUGCACCGUGUUUCAUAAAUCUGAAAAUUAUAUUUUUAAUGUACAUAGUUUAAAAAAGGUUGGACUUAAAAUUUAAAAUUGGUUUUAUUAUAUGACUGGAUUUUGCAAAUUGUUAUUCUUUUAAGCUUAGUUUGAAACACUGUUCGAGGAAUGGUCAGUAAUUUUUGUACUGCAGUGUAGAAUUACGUUUUUUUAGACAUAUAAACAAAGACAUUGAUAUUAUAAUUAUUAAAAUAAAUUUAGUUUAUAGUUUUCUUAGUUGUUAAGAUACAUUUACACUCUGACUGGUAGACAUAAAGUUUUAUGUAAAAUAUUUUCUAUAAAAUAAUGUGAAGGGUAUAAGUGCAACGGAAACGAAAAAUAUUUCCUUCGUGUUUAUUGUAAUUUUGUUUUGAUGAUUAUUAUUAUCUAUUUUGAUACUCUUAAUUUUAGGUGGACGGUUGAAGUCCGCAUUACAUAUCGACUAUACAGUUAGCUCUCUAGAUAUGUACAGUUCUUUUUUUGUCAGUGAUUCGUUUACAUUUUCGUGUAAAGUUGAAGGAUGUAUUUUCUCGCCUCCUUAUUAUUUUGUUGUAAUAAUUAUUAUUCUGCUCUCGGUGUAUACUAUUUUUUGAUUUGCGUUUUUUGAUACAUACCUGUUGGAAAACUGUCGAACUUUGAUACGAUUUUCGGGAACUUUCAAAAAAGAAACUUUUAUUUUUAUUGGCCUUUAUCAUCUUGAUAUUUAGCUAUUCCUAGUUUUUUUUUCAAAAGAAAUUUACCCAAUGGUUGGACAAUUUGUGCGUAUGAUGAUACAUUAAUGUGACAUGAUUUUUGUGCCAAUCAAAGACAAACCAUUCUGUCGUUGAUUUUGACAUAUUCGUUUUUUUAAUGAAUAAAUUGAAAAUAAUGGAAAUACAUGUAAAUUGACCUAACCUCUAAUUUUAGUUGUACUAAAUGUUUGAACUUUACUCAUAUAUAAAUAUUUUAGAAAAUUUUAAGCUAUUAAAUAAUUGGAAAUUUUUUAAUAGUUAUUUUUGUAAAUAAUAGUUAAAAUAAAAUGUAAUUUAGUAAACAAAAUGCAUUCAAACAACUAAGAAUACUGUCACUGUCAACUUUGCUUGUCACGCAUAUUACAUCUUCACUAAUGCAGUGUAUUAGCUAAUUGUCCACUUUAGAAUUCUAACAAGACUUUAAAGACAUUCAAUUAGGUUAAGGGAGUAUAGUAAAAUAUCUGUUUUUACAAGUAAGAUACGAUAUUUUUCACAUAAAAAUGCCUACAGAUACGUUUUAAACAUUAAUAAUAAAUAAUAGUUUAUACUAUACAACACCAAUAUAGAUUCAAGUUGAAAUAAUGAUAGUGUUUGCCACAUAAAAAGUGUACUGAACAAAAUGUGCAAUGAACAAAUAAUAUAAAAUACCUCCCCUAUUUAUUAUUUAAUAAGUCUAAUAGUUUCGCAACAGGUAUGCUUAUAUUAUACUUAUUUUUUUAAUUGAAUCUUUCCGACACUAUUUUAUUUUAGAUCUAUAUGAUUUUUAUGUUGUAAAUGAUUAUUUUUUAUUUUUUUGAAAAUACAUCCCACCGAUUGAAGCCAAUUUUUCUCUAGUCGCUGUAUAUAUCCCAUACACGUACAAAUCAUCCCAUCUAUUGGUUCUUCUAUUGGUUGUGUUUAAUUUUUUUACAUUGUUGUGGAUGGUAUGUAGUUACUUCGGAGUGGACAGGUGACACCCAAGCGUUUUUAGUUUUACAAGAAGGACCAAAACCGUAUAAAACAAAGUUUAAAAAUAUCUGUAUCCAUAAACUUUAUUUUUUAAUAUUCAGUCAAAAUACUAAUAAUUGAGAUUGAAACAAUCAGUUUUAUGUUAUGUUAUACUUAUUUUAAAUACAACGGCAUUAUCUUUAAAUGUAUAAAGUAAUUGUCACAUAAAACAAUUUGUUUUUAAGUAAUAUUCAAAAUUCCUUAAACUCGUUAAAUUAAAAUGAGAAUAUCAAGUUUUAUUAAAAAUUACAAUAAUUUCACAUGUCAAUCCAAAUGUCAAAUGUCAAUCCAACCGUCACUUUCAAAUUGUCUUUAGUGAAUAAUAGUGGGAUAUUUGAAUAUUCAGAAAAUAUUUCUAAAAAUGUUGUAACUGUAUUUUUUUUAUAAGUUUUGAAUAAGAAAUUCGAUAUAUCUAAUUAAAUUAUCAAAAUCUCCAGUAACACGAUAAAUAAGAUUAUGGAAGAUGAGAUGUUAUUUUGCGAGAAAAAUUUUUCGUGUACAAUUAAAAAUGCUUGUGUAACGUUUGUUCUACAUCAAGAAGACAACUAGGUAUUGUGUACCACACCAAUUUGCAAUUUCUACAUUGUAUACAGAAUCAAUUUGGAUUUUUUUUAUAUAAUUAAGUGAAAACGUGAUUAAGCACAAAAUAUAACGUUACAUCUACUUUUUUUGUUAUUUUUGUUUAACAGUUUAUUUCAAGUUAACACUUUUCCUUUCAGGUGAUAUGAGUGGUGAUUGUGUAUGUGACAAGUAUAAUUAAAUAAAGAAAACUAAUAAGGCA